CAUUAUAUAAAGGAGGAUAAACCAAAAGUCCAAAAUCCAAUAUCACACGUAAAAUAAUCAAGUGACUCUUCAAACUCUUUCUCAUGGCUAUUCAUCCCGAACACAAAAAACUCCACAUAGCUAUGCUUCCAUGGCUAGCUUUUGGUCACAUGCUUCCAUAUUUAGAACUUGCGAAGCACAUAGCUAAAAAAGGUCACAAAAUCUCCUUCAUUUCCACUCCAAGAAACAUUAGCCGCCUCCCGAAAUUACCCUCAAAAUAUUCCCCUUAUAUACAUUUCGUCAAAAUCCCACUUCCACUGGUAGAAAAUCUACCUGAAACCGCUGAAGCCACAAUAGAUUUGCCACGUGAAAAAAUCCAGUAUCUUAAAAUAGCAUAUGAUGGUAUGCGCGACUCUGUAUCUCAAUUUCUGCAAACCGCUAAACCAGACUGGAUUUUCUUCGAUUUCGCGGCUUAUUGGGCCGGCCCAAUAGCUAAGGAAAAUAAUGUUCCGAGUGUUUUUUUCACUAUUGUGAUUGCCGCAGUAUUGGGCUUUUGCGGGCCAGCACCUGCCUUAAUGGCGGGCUAUGGCUCCUUAGAUGAACUCCAAGUUCUUACAACUUCGCCAAAAUGGGUGAAAUUUCCUUCAACCGUUGCUUAUCGAUUGUACGAGGUUUUAAGAAUGCAGGAUAGUUUCAUAGGUAAUGUGUCUGAAGCAUCAGAUAUUUACCGGUUUGGUGCUGGUAUUCAGAGUUGUGAUUUGUUGGCUCUUAGAAGUUGCUCAGAAUUUGAACCGCAAUGGUUACAUGUACUAGAAGAGCUUCACCAGAAACCGGUCUUUCCUGUCGGUCAACUUUCACCAUUGACCGUUGACAAUGGCGACGAUGAAAAAAAUGUAGCAUGGACAGGACUAGAGAGUACUAUAAAACAAUGGCUUGACUCGCAAGAGAAAAGAUCAGUGGUUUACGUCGCGUUUGGCAGCGAGGUGAAACCGAGUCAAGACGAACUCACUGAGAUAGCUCACGGUUUAGAACUUUCAAGAUUACCAUUCUUUUGGGUACUAAGGAAGCAACUCGGUGAAUUUGACACCGAGAUGAUCGAGUUACCAGAAGGGUUUGAGGAAAGAACAAAGGGUCGUGGAGUAGUGUGCACUGGAUGGGCGCCACAGUUGAAGAUACUAAGUCAUGAGUCAGUGGGUGGAUUCUUGACUCAUUCUGGUUGGAGUUCAGUAGUUGAAGCCAUUUCUUAUGAAAAGGCAUUAAUUUUAUUGCCAUUUUUGAAUGAUCAAGGUUUGAAUGCAAGGUUAUUAGAGGAGAAAAAGAUGGCGUAUUCAAUUCCAAGGGAUGAAAGAGAAGGGACGUUUACGAGGGACUCGGUAGCUGACUCACUGAGUUUGGUGAUAUUAGGGGAAAGAGGGAAAGUGUAUAGAGAAAAUGCUAAAAGUAUGAGAGAAUUAUUUGCUGAUAAGGAAAGACAAGAAAUGUAUGUUGAGAAUUUGAUGGAAUAUUUGCAGGAGCAUAGAGAAAUCAAGAAAGAAAAUGGAGACACAACACAAAUAAAAGAGAGCUAACUAUGUGAUGAUAAAAUUCUGCAAAUUCAACCAGCUCAAUAGAGAUGGUAUACUAUAAUAUGUUUCAAUAUCCUUCAAUACUCGGCUCAGGCGGAAAAUUA